GCGGCGCUGCAUCUGCUGCUGUCCGCUGUUCCAUGGCGUCUGCGGUUAUGUAGGGUGGCAUAUAUCAGCGCGUUUAAGACGCUGAAUUAACAGCUAAUAGAAAGAAUUAAGAAUCCACGGUUCACGAAAGACCUCAGACGUGAAUGCACGGAUACUCCCAUCUGCGGACACCCUUCGGUUCAACGCAACUAAAUGAGCGAGCGAGAGUGGCAACAACCUCGGGAGCCGGAAGAUCGCCAACUUUCGUCAAGCGACGCUCACCGAACAGCCAGUGUACCAGAAACUGAUGGCAGGGAUACCAGUGACACUGUGGCAGAUGCCACCUCCGAUCUCGACACUAAUGGCACCGCCAAUGACUCCGACGAUGAAAAUGGAAUCAUAUGCAAAGUGGAGAUGGUGGAAGGAGAUGAGGAGAUUCGAGAGUUUGGGGAGGAUUCGGAGGAGGGCCCACGGACCAAGCACACGUGCCCCGACUGCCCUUUCGAGACAUUCGUGCGGUCAAGCCUUGUGCGGCACCGUCGCAUUCAUGCACGCCGCCCGCUGUCGUGCCACCUGUGCGACGCACACUACCUCGACCAGACGUCCUUGGCACGACAUCUGCGGACUCAUGAAGGUGGCCAGGAGGCGCUGCUUCCCUGCCCGGAGUGCGGCACUCACUUCACUCGCCGGGACACCCUGGAGCAGCACAUGAGGAUGCAUGCGCAGCCCGAGAAGCCUUUCAAGUGUUCCAUCUGCCAGAAGUCAUUCAUGACUUACAAGGAGAUGCAGGCCCACAAAUCAGGCCAUGGGCGCAUAGCUCCUUACGUUUGUGAAGUGUGUGGCAAAGGCUAUCUCCAACUCAGCACACUAGCUGAGCACCGCUUCAGCCACGAGGAGGAGCGACGGUUCCCGUGCACACUGUGUGGCAAGCGCUUCUUCUCCUCCAUGGCCUUGAAACGCCAUGGCCGCGUGCAUACUGGCGAGCGCCCAUUCCGAUGCCUUACGUGUGGCCUCAACUUUGCCAUCAGGGCCCACCUUCUCGCCCACAAGCGCACCCAUACUGGGGAACGACCCUUUCCAUGUCCCUCAGAAACAUGCCCACAGGCGUUCAGCACUUCAUCGGCUGCGAAGCGGCAUUUUCUUAACAUCCACUCCAAGGAUGCCCAAAAAACCGCAGCAAAGAACAGUGGAGGUGCAGGGCAGCAGACAUCUGAACAUGGUGAUGGUGAAGACUAUAUCUUAGGUUGCACUGACGACAUGGGUGGAACCGAGAAGCCAGCGGCACCGACGCCACAGGUUUGCAAGACGUGUGGAGCCAGCUUCAAGUCCCGUGCAGGCCUGGCGGGCCAUGAGCGAGCGCACAUCGUGCUGCGGCCAUUUUCGUGCCCUGUCUGCCCGCGGGCCUUUGCGAGUACAGGCGCAGCCUCCAGACACCUCCGCAAAGCCCACAACACGACAUCUACAGCUAUACGACAGUCGGUAGUGUGCUAUGAGCCUGUUGGACCGACUCUGUCUUCGGCUUAGUGCUUGUGACAGAAGUGGCUGCAAGGAAAAGACUGUGUUUGCUUGCACCACGUGGGAAGGAGCUUGCAUUAGCAUGUGAAAAGUUUGUGGGAGUGGCUGAGUUUUCUUUAAGUAUGCUUUUGGUUAGUGUGAACCAGAGCAAUUUUUCAGGCCGCAUUGAGAGACUGGUAUGAGUUAUUGCUGCCCACAUUUGGUUGAGUUAGUGCUUUUGAUGGAAUGCCUACAUGCAACUUAUAAUAAAAUUUUCUCCUCAGAAUGCCCAAAAGAAAAUGCCAUUCGGCGGUGCGCAAAAUUGACUGCAGGGAAGGAUUUUCAUAGCCACACUAGUAAGCAACUGGAGUACGAGCUUGUAACUGGGCAGAGGAGAUGUUCUUUUAUUUGGAGUGUGUGAAGCUCAAUAUCAGUUCCUAAAUCACUAAGCUAGCUUACUGUGCAACAAUAAUCGACUUUGCCUCUAGGUGUCAAAUUCAUCUGUCAUGCUUGCAACUUGAAACACUAAAAUACUAGUUCUAAACAUGAAAUGCUUCCUGAUCAAGUUGUGUGAAUGGUGGCUUCAGAAGCAGGAAUGUUGAGUGCAGUUAAGUUGGUAGACUACAGCGAAGUAAGCAUGAAAAAAAGAAAUUGUGGUUAGACUCUUAAAUUGCCUUACCAGAUUUCUGUAAACAUUUGUGCCACAGUAAAUCAGUUUCACUUAUCACCUUGAAAACAAAGCUGUGAUGCUGCCUUUGCAGCCCUUCACAUUAAUGUCGCUGGUGGAAGAGACCAGGAAAAUGAGAAUGAACUUUAAACCGGCUGGGUGAACCGGCUGAAUGAACAACUUUAAACCGACUGGACACCAGACCAUUUUCUGAGUCUGAAAUACUUGGGGCUAUACACACAUCCAUCGCUGGCAGGAAAAGCUGUUCACACACUAGCACAGUUUUUUUAAGUACACUGGUCUGACUGAUAUUUUAGCGUCCUUUUGUGCAUCAUCUUGUGUGUUCACAGUGGUCACUCAUUCUCUCUCCCUCUUACUAUCUUUGUCUUAACUUCAUUGUAGGUUAGCAAAUCGGACUUUCAUCUUUCCAAUCGCUGCUUUCUUUCUUUCUAAAGCACUGUUUCUUACUAGCUUAUUGGUGGACACUGAGCAAUGAAGAAAACAGAUGCACAAACAAAGAACCCACUGUCAUGCCAUAAGCGAAAGCUAUUUUCGCAGUUUCAUGUUUAUAUCACCACUCUGACAUCACUACGUUUUUUUUUUUUUUUUUUUCACUCAUUCACUGUGCUCCUACUCUCCUCUUAAAAGAGUAAGGGGGUGAGCGACGAUGCUUGGCAAGCCGCAUACUAACACAGAAAUAUAGGGGGGGGCAGUGCCUGGCUGCCUAUUGUGCUCCCCCCCCCCUGGCUAUGCCACUGGUUGCAGAAUUAAAUUCUCGCCACGGCAGCCACCACUCCCUCCAUUGGAUAGGGGCGAAAUGCAAGAACACCCAUGUACCAUGCAUUGCAUGCACGUUAAAGAACCCCAGGUGGCUAAAAUUAACACGAGGUCUCCUACUGCAGCGUGUCUCAUAAUCAAAUCGGGGUUUUGGCAUGUAAAACCCUAGAAUUCAGUCAAAUCUUAUGCCCGCAAGAUUUCUCACUUCAUCACACCACCUAAUUCUGUGCCGUCUUCGACUACGCUUCCUUUCUCCUGGCACCUAUGCUGUAACUCUAAUUUACCACCGGUUCUGUCCUACACAUUACACAGUCUGCCCAGCUGCAAUAAAGUGAUAGUGGUGUUUAUUUUGCAUCUUACGGGAGUGACCUAAUGAGGCACACUUUAUAUGGUGCAAAGCACUAUGAAGGUCAGUGAGGGGAAAAAAAUAAAGUCCAAGGUAUCCAAGUCUAAGAUUGAACAUUGAUAAAUUCAUAAAGUAUAAAAUUUUUGUCUGUCAGUGGUAGGAGCUGUCUAUGAAGAGUGGCAGAUUGGCCUGUUUAGUAAUCCAUUUUGUUGCCCUAGCGUAGAGUGUGAAGUGCUCGUGUUUAUCUGUCAUCAUCUCGUCCCUUGCCUCACGCUACGUGCCUUGGCAACGAAGUCUUCAAACUAAAGCCUUAGCAGUCAGCCUGUGUCAAUACUUUCCCAAGUGUUCAUCACGACUCUUGGAGUUGUGAUGAACACUCGGUUGUCAUGCAGUGUGAUGGCUGAAUCUCUAAUUUUAGGAACUGUGAGCUGCCAGCUCUGGAUACCUUAGGAAUGCUAAAGCAGCCUAUGUUCAGCAGUUUGAAGUAAGGGAGUACCUAAACUUGGUCUUCAUUUAGAAAAAGUGCAAUCUAAAAUGCAAGCAUGCAUUUCCUGUUACCAAAAGUCACUCCUGCUCGUUUACAAUUUCUUCCAGUGAUUUUCGAGCUUACACAGUUCACCAUGUCUAUAAGCUGUAAUAUAAUGUUUAAAUGUCAAUGUCUCAGUUCUAUUUGUACAAUGAAAUGAAGAAGCCCAUGGCUUCACAGAAAUCACAAACGCGGUUGACAGGAUGUAACCCAAACGACAACAAUUUUCAGAGCACUGAAUCUAAGACAAGAAUGAAGUUUUGAUGCAGCCAAUGCAUCCUCUCUCAAAUCAACAUACAUUAAAUACCUCCUACUAGGACCAUGAGACGACCACUAAAUUUCCGGCUUCUUGAUGGAUUCCUUGCUCCAGAAACUUUUUUAAACCAGCUGUAGCUGUAUACUAGGGCCUAAUGACGUGCACCUGCAUAUGCAGCUAAAGCCAGCCCUUACUUCAACUUUCUUGCUAUAGGCUAUCAUGUGUUUUUGUUUUGUAAUUUAGUGAAUACAGUAAUAAUAAAAUGGAUAUAUAAUUAAAGGAGUACUGGCGUUUCACAUUUUCAACUCAUAAUUUUUAAUUUUCUUGCUAUAAAUGAAGAUUCGAGCCCUCUAAAGCCUAGAAAAAGCACUGGCAAGCAUCAGAGAACCCCAAAUAAUUUACUUUAGCCUCUUCCAUGCCAUGCUGUUAUCUCGAAUUUAUCGAAUUAUCUCGAAUUUUAAACAAAAGUGGCUGGGCGUAGGGACUAGUUGGUGCUGAUAAUCUGUUUUCCCAGCGCUGUGUGUCUAUUUUGUUUGUGUCUAACGUGCUGGGAAUCAUCAAGCAAACAUGGCCAAAUUAUUUUUAAAACCCCAGUUGCCAACUUGUUUCACUUCCUCUGCCAGAAUAAACUUGCUUGUACUUGCGCUGCCCACGGGUGGUGUGCUGCCAUCUACCAUAAGCACUGCGAUGAGACCAGCUUGUUCAUGGCAUUGCUAGGAAAUUAAAAGUACCGCCGGUGAGCUGAGCUCGUUCUUUGUCAUUAUUACCAGAAGCAUGUGAAUGAACCCAGCUCACCCAUGGCACAGAAGGGAUUAAUACAGAACACUUGUUUUUGUGAAUCGGCUUUGGCUUCAACACUUAGCAGGCAGAUACGUCAUGACAUCAUGACACAUUGGCUCAUAACUUUCCCGCAAUUGCUGCAACUUCCACUGACAAGCUCAGGCAGAAGAAACCGGCGAAGUGCUGAUGUAUAUUUUUUUAUGAGCAAGUUUAUCAUCCCAAGUUCUAUUGCCACACUACGUCAGGAAAUUUUGCACUGUGUCAAGAUGUCACGAUAAUAUUGAUGGUGCCAGGCCUGAUGUUUCGACACCAUCAUUAGGAUCAAGUUAAAACAUCUUAUAAGUGCUUCCCAACCUUUAUGCAUGCUAAGUACAGUAAAACCUCAUUAAUACGUAGUUGGCGGGGAACAUGGAUCAGGUAUGCACUGGGAAAUGUACUAGUUAACUGACAGUGACACAUGAGCAGCUAUUGACCCUUUUCAUGGUGAUCCCACAGGCGCUGCCAUGUUUGAUCACAUGGUGCUGCAUCCAUUGUGUUACAAUAUGUGUUAGUUCUCACUUAGAAACAGAUGCAGGCAAGCUUUGUUUGCGAGCAGACAGCAAACUUUAGAUUCACUUGCCACCGUGGCAGCCUUGCAGCGACAAUGGCAUCCUCAAAGUCGGCAAGGCCACAAGCCAGUUUCUCCAACAGGCCCCACUUCUCUGCGUACACCCUCAUGAUGCUUAACACACUAGCUGUGUUGGAUACGGAAGGGCCAUCAUCUUCAUCAUCAUCCAUGAUGACAACACGGAAGUCCUAAGAGCUAUGGGAGCAGGAAACAUGUCAUGGCUACCAUGUUUUGAUGUCACUGUCGGUGGCAAAUGCAGUCCAGGAAAGGUCCGUGCACUGCAAUUUCACUAUUUAUGGUCUGCGCGCACAAUAUUUUGCUGAUCCCACGCUUGUAUGUGCCGAAAAAUGAAGUAAAUACUAUGCACUAACCGUUUGGCAUGGGUUAAGUGACUAUGGCUUAUGCGGUCAGCCAAUAAAUUAGGUUCAAUGGUGACAGGGCGGGGGAUUCAUCGCCACUAUAUUUAAACAGGAAUUACUUAUUAAGCGGCUACAUAUUAGCGAGGUUUUACUGUAUUGUCUUUUACAUGUGAUAACCUUGUGGUAGUUUCUACAAAUUCGAAAAUAUGUGUCUGUAUCCCUUUAAGAAACAAUACAUUCAAUAAUCUAAAGAAUUGUGUUGACUGGGAAUCCUCAGCUGUACUCUACAGCAUGAAUUAAGCAACGUCGUGGUUGUGGUUGGGUACCAUUAUAGUGAAGAUUCUUUGUCGAUCUCAACAAGUUCACUAUUGUGAGGUUUACUGCACUUUCAGUUCUGCCAGUUCACAGGGCAGCAGACGUUAUAGGAAGGUAUUAAAUUUGGUGGUUCACAGUGAAGUCGAUACAGUGACUGGAUUUUAGUGAUAGUGAAAAGAAAAAAUGGCAAGAUGGUGUAUGUAGAGAUGGCGUGGAACAAGUAGCGUGAAGAUGACUAUACAAUAAAGAAGCAUUUCAUGCUUAGAGCUAGUUCCAGGUACAGAUUAUGUCGGGUUUCACUCAAACACAAACUAGAGUGCUUGCAUCCCUGUCUUAAAGAUUUUAGGAUGUUGGUUUGCUGAAUGCCUACUGUAGCAAGUUUUGUGCAACACGAGGGUACGAGUUGAACACUGAGACGCAGCAGAACAUUGGAGCGGAAAUGCAGCAGCGUAAUUAGACAGUGUUACCACAACCAGCUUUUGGUGGUCUAGCAUCUUUUUUUUUUGCAUUAACAUGCGGAUGUAAUUAAGAAGAUGCUUUAGCUCGAUGCCAACGCCAACUUCCAUAUUCAAGUACAUGUAAAACACAGAAAUGCUUUCAUCAGAGUACUGCUGGACCAAUUUGAGUGAAAUUCAUUACAUCUAAGGGAGUAAGCUGAAUUUUAGUGGCUGUAUGAAGCAGAAUUUUAUUUUUGGGCCUUAAUUUUUUUACAAAUAUUGCUGAAAGUCAGCAAGUUCCAAAAUUAUUGAAGUCCGGAGUUCACAAAUCUGUAAUUAUGCAUCAAAAACAGAUAUCGCAGUUCUGUAAACUACAUCUGUUGGAGCAUCUGAAGCAGACAAAUUUGAUAUAUGAGUUUACAACUUAUGUGAAAUUGAUACAAUCUUUAUAGAAGUUUUGAAAAAGUCCUGCUCGCAGACUAGUGGUAUACUUCAGAGCUGUUUAUAGUACAUCAAAUUUGUAUGCUUUAGAUGUCGCAGGGGCAGUUUACAGAAUUGCAAUAUCAUUGUUUAUUGCAGGGUUAUAGAGUUGUAACCUUUGUAUAUACUUCAGUCAUGUGUGUUUUGUUUUUCAAUUUUGUGAUUUUCAAAAAUGUUUGUAAAGAAAAUUGAUGGCCUAAAUAAGAAAUGUUAUUCCUACAGCAGGUAGGUUUAAGUUUUUUCUUUUAAAUGCAACAAACUCCAUCAAAUUUAGUGUAGUCAUUGCAGAGCAAAAUGAUUUCUUUUUUUCCCAUGUAUUUAGAUAGGAGCUCUCGAGCUAAAGCUUUCUGUUAAUGUUGAAGUGUGGCGAGUGUGUAAAUGCAUGAGCAACUGUCGAUAUGUAUGUCUCUGUAAUGUUUUGGCAGCUUUGUUAAAGCCAGAGUUGUUUGAAUGCUGCCUCCUUAAUGAACGGUGUAACAAAUUCAAAGGCAGUAAAAGAUUGAAUGUGUGUGGUUGCAGAACAGGCUGUUGUCAUAAUAUAAACAUAACUCUUGUAGCAAAUCUUUGGUGAAAAAGUGUGUGGUAUAGAAGUCUUGAAAAUGAAUUGUAGGUAGGAGAAUGCCAAUGAACAAGGUAUCACCGACAAGAUGUCCGUGAGUGUGCGAGACACUAGUGUUGUAACGUGGGACAAGUGCAGUUCUUUCAUUCCUGCAGUUACAGUAGUUUGAAUGUAUCUUUUCAAAGGUGCAAACUAACAUGUGAAGGGCUCUUAAUUUUACGAUGUGUGCCACUUGCAAUUUUAGAUGCUACUACGAUUUGUUUCUUAAAAAGAUCGCAAACGUAUGUUAAUAGUACAGUCAACUUCCAUUAAUUGGAUCUUGGUGAGACAGACAGAACUUAUCAAAUUAUCCAGUGGGUCAAAUUAAAAGAAAGAACAGAGAAAAAAAAUAACCCUGAACAUAUGCGGCUUUAUGUGGCAGUAUUUACACAAUACCAGCAUGCCCCUAAGUAUAGUCCAACACACACCUGAUUUUAUAAAAACAAAUAUGUAGUAUGCCUCUGAUUUUACCAUUCAGAAAAAUGCGGAGUUUAUCUUCACAUAAUGGAAAUUGAUUUUUACUUAAAUGUGCAUUAUCAUCAUCCUCAGGCAGUUAAAAGGUUGCUGAAAUGUCGGCGGCCUUUCUGUCACAUCGCUAAAGAGAUAGCUGAUUGCUAACUAGAAAAAGUUUUUUCUAAACAAACCAAGAAGUCUCUCUGUUUAGUGGCAAAAUUGGUAAAUUAGCAACACUAAUUGGGUAGAGGCCCACAUCUGUACUAACUGCUUUAACAGUUUAUCAUGUGAUGCAAGACUCCGACACACAAAAAGUGUGUAACGCAACUCCUUUGGCACCAACUUAGCAUGUGAAAUAACAUUUCUUUUGACUGAGCUUUCAUUAUGAAAGUGGCAUGUCGUCACCGCCAAUCUACAGGAAGACUUGUUCUUUCACCACCUUGAAAUCACAAUGGCAAUCCACAUUGCUGCAAACGCAGUUUUUGUAUCAGAUUGUACCCUGUAAAAAAGUUUGACAUUUUGUUUUUGUAAAAGAAAAGGCGUGUGUUGUAAUCUGGUAAAUGCUGUUAUCAUUCAUUGUGCGCUGCCAUUUUUGCUUGAAAAUCGGCCAUGGGCAGGCCAAAAAUUAUUAUUUUUGACUUGUGUCUUCAAUCCAUCCAUUGACCCCCAGCACUGCAAGAGCAGAUGCUGUAGCCAUUGGCGCCAUGAUUGAGGGUCAGGUGCUAAGCUUUUAAGUUUGAAUUAUCCAGAAAGUGCCAAUUUCAGGAGCAAAGUAGCACAAGUCCUGGCCCAUGGGUGCUGGCCACACUAUUCAUUUGGGAUUAAAUUCACCAAAAAAUUGAAUUAAUUGGAGUUGAAUUAGCAAAAGUCUAAUGUACCACAUUAUUCCUGUGCUAUAACAUAUCAUUACCCUGAUACAUGUUUCUUUAACCUGUCAUGUGCUUGGGUGGUGUGACUUAUUUUGUUUUUGCUUCCAACUAAGCAGGCCAAGCGAUGCAAUCGUAGUGCAGUAUUCAAGCGCAUUGUCGUGCAGUGCGCAAAUCUGACAAGAAAUAUCUAGUCUUUUUUACCAUCUUGAGGACAACUUAUUCUGUGAAUGAACUGAGGAAUCUCUCACCCAUUAAAAGCAAACUUGCUGGGUCAUGGUUGUCUGUGCAGCGUAUUUUAGCUGCCAUGAAAUUUAUUUGCUAUGUGUUGGUAUUGGCCCUCUAUGUUACAUGUGCAGAACUAGACUGAGUAAGUUUUAUGUAAAUCUUUUUCAUUAACUGCCAUCAAGGUGCGCUCUGUGUCCUUUGAAGCUGUUCCAAGUAGAGGUUAGUACUAGGUCUAACUAAACCUUUAAUAUGAUAAGCAGUUUACAGCACUGCAAAAAGCUUUGUUGUCUAACAUCUACCAUACCUAAAAAUAAAAGCAGUGUCAUCCCAUUACGCCCCAUUAUCAUCCUCUUAAUUUUACUGGUUGGCUCUCUUGCAUGGUGUGUGUGUAUGUGAUAUUGUGCCAGGGAACUUUCAGACUGCUUUGAUUUGAAGUUUUAUGCAAAAUUGCUAAAGAAAUGAGGUUAAUGAGCUUAACAUUGCUAAAACACUGUUCUGGUAAGCAAUUAACCACAUGAAUGAAAGCUAAACAGUGCAUUUGGGCAUGUGGGUUGAAGGUGGGGAGUGAAGAGUGUUGACAGUGGGCAUGGAGAGAGAAAAUGUACAUAGCUUAUUCAUAGAUUAAGAGACUCCGAGUCCAAGGUUUUUCUGCUAUGUUACCUUCGACGUCAUCCUUUGCGGCAUAAGUAGAUAUGGCAUUCACAAUGCCUAGAGCAAUGGUUCUCAUCCAAAAGGUGCAGGGAGUGUUCAAAUACCAGUAAGGUAGUAGUAGGACGAAUGGAGCAUCCAGGUUAUGGGAAAGGGUUGCUGUAGUCAUUGUAACAUGAUGCAUGCUGCAGCUGACUGAGUAUGGAUUUUACUUUGUUUUGAUGCAAAAUCGUCAAAUGGCCAAUUGCGCGAAGAAGCCGCCGGCGUGUGUAGCAACAAAAUUUUCCAUUGGCUACAACAUCACUAGUGCGCCUCGUGUGCUCGUCAGGCUGGCUCAGAUUUGCUGGCUCGGGCCUCGACGGAGCAGAGCGGGCGAAAGGGAACACCUGCUGCCGUGGUAUUGCGUGAGGGGAGGGAGGGCAUCACCCCAACACCACGUCGCCCUCCCUCUCGGAAGCCUGUGUUAUCUGCGUGUUCCUUGUCCAUGCAAGCUCUCACCUGCAUUCUAACUGCGCCUCGGUAAGGUCAACUCAAAACCCGCCAAGCGUCUCAGCGCCCUCGUUUGCCCACGAGGAGUUCGUAACUGGAAGGACUGUUCAGCGGCGUUCAGUAGGACAUCAAUGCUUUUGCACUCACAGCUUGUAAGAAGUGCUUAGGUGUCCUCAGAUUUUUAUCGAUAUCCAUCUACUAGGUCAUUUGUGCGUCCUGAUGUCAUCACUGAGCGUUUAAGCAACACCAGAAUAGGCAUUGUGUGUACAUGAUCUGACUAUUUAGUAAUGCACAUCACUCUGUCUGGUUUAUAAGUCAUAUAGAUGAAUGAUGGACACAUUAGGUCAUUAGCAAUGGUUUCACGGGCCCUCAAAAAUUUUUUUAACAAAUCUUGAAGGGUUCUGCUUCUAUGGGCUCCUGUGCUUUUUUUUUUGUACUUCUCUCUCUAUUGGAGGCUGCAACAAGCUCAACAGUGCAAGAAAGUGAGCUAGUUGUUUGUUUCUUUAUUUUUGUGACUCACGCUUACUUGUACAUCGACAUGAUACACUCUGUGUGCUGCAUUUAUUUUAUUUGUUUUGUUAGUGACCAAAAUAAUGCAACAAGCAUAUUACCCAGCGUGCAUCUGUUUGAAACCUGUGACAGUGGGUGCAGCAAUGUUUUAUGCCCUCUGAAGAAAAAGUAUGAGUGAAUCUACCGUAAAGUCACCAAUGUGAUGACUUAUGGUAUAUUUGGCUGGUUGCUUUCAAGCGCUCAGAACACAUUCACCUGGUUCAUUCAGAGCCAUCAGAGACACUGUCACUUUCAAACUUGGGAAUGCGGCCACCAAGUCGAAGCAUUGUGGGAACCAGUCGAAUCUACCAUUAGCUAGCACUUGGCUUGAACUUGUUCAACAUUUGAAUUUCACUGUGUAAGAAUGUAUGUACUGUAGUCCAACAUUUAAAAUGUUUUAAAUAGUGGCCUAUAGUUGCUAAACCGUGUGUUGAACUACUGAAGUAUUCGUUACCGUCAAUGAGUCUAAUAUCCUGGUACAAUAAGUCAUGAAACUUUGACCUUGCACAGGUGUAAUAGCAGACUACGCUCAUUUGCAGAUAGACUUUUUUGUUGUUGUUGAUCCUUUUGAAGUCCUUUAUAUACAUUCCUUAACAUAUUAAAUGAAUGCAUGACCAAGCAUUUGUUGUAGGCAGGAGCGAGAAGAAUGAGGGAAGUCGAGGAGCUUGAUUCUUUUGUUAGUGCCACUUCAGGGCAACAUUUGUAAAUCAUUUUGUUUGCAUUGAAACUUGAUAUAAAGAAACGCUACUACCGUUGCUCCUGGCUAACCCCAUCCUUCGAAGUUCUUUAAUAUAUUGCAUGGACACUUUGUCUCUUAUGCUCACGCGAGAACUUUAAAGAGGAUUGUUGUUGGAGAAAGACAGCAGGCCUUCUGUUAAUGUGCUUGACUGAUAGGACACAUUAGUAACAUGUGUAGGUGAUAAAAUGCUUAAGUGUCUAGAGAUUCCUUGGUUCUACUUUAUGUGGUAGAUGUUGGAGCAUGUAUCUGCUCAAAUUACUUGGCAGUCCUUGCACCAUACCCAGGUAUUCUUGCACAAUUUAUUCUCUGGUUAUUUCAUGAGACCAUGCAUGUGCAUGCUGCACACUUUUGCAUUGAUUUCUUUUAAGGUGCAGGUGAAGUCAUUUUGGGGAGGAAAAGAGAAAUUUAGUCAAUUACUGCCAUUUCAAAGCAGUGCUGGUAGGCCUCAUUAUUUGUUAGGUGGCUGUAAAUUUUUUUUCACUAUCUGAUAGGCAAGGUGACCCAAGCUAGCUUGACAAGUGUACUUGGUUUCUGGUAGGAAAAAAUAAGGGAACUGCAGUCUGAAUAAGUAAGAUUCAUGUUUGGUAAUGUGUGUACAUACAAUCCGCUAUGAUGAGCACAGCUGAGGCUAGGCACUUGAAGGGUCAUGUUGAAGAAAAUCAGUGCCUGGUCUCGGGCUAGCUUCCCGCCUUCAGCUGCCCAAUUAUGACUUUGUUCAAUGCUUGCGGCAGGUGAUGAAAAAGAAAUUAGUCACUUGGCAGUUCACUAGGCUUUUACAAGUUCACUGAGAAAGGACUUCUUUUUUUUUGCUAUUUUUCCUAAGAAUAGACUGCAGCUAGUCAGCUGUGCCCUGUUCCACGUUGGAAACAUACAAGCUGUGUGACAGUUGCCAGGUUCCUCUUGUUUUGCUAGCUUGGCGAGCUUAAGUGAUAAGCGCUCACAAAUGUUCUCACUCUUUGUCAUUUAGGCACCCGAAGGAUGUAUCAGUAAGCCUGUUUUGCUGGUGGCCGGGUGCACACAUUUUUUUUAAUUUAUUGUUUGUAUGUAGACAUUUUGUCUGGGUACCACUAAUGGCAGCUCAACACAUAUAAGCACAAUAACGCAUUACUGGUUAAUGUGUUUGUGAUUAAUCUGGAUGAACUGCAGUACACUGACCUUCAUUUUUCCCUGAUAAUCUUACAAGAAAAGGUUUUGCUCUUACCACUGCAUUGCUUUUGCUCAAAUUUGACAGUAAGAUCGCAUAUUAUGGCCCUAAUCAUUCAAUAUAACACUUGGUGCUGGUACUCGCCUGGUUGGUCAACAACAAAAAUUGACAUUGCCUUCAUCUGCACCCCCAAUAGCGAGCAAUGUCUGUGGUGGCUAUGAUGUUACCUGGCCCCUUCUGGCAUCUGCAAUGCCACAAAGCACGGCCUUCAAGAUUAUAUUUCUUCCUUUAAUCGCUGGGGGGUGGAGGUUCAAUGUGAACACCAAGAGGCAAAGGCAAAUGCACCCUUUUCUGUUUUGACCAACCAGCAAGGACAGUGCCAAAUGCUGUAAUGAACAAUUUGGACCAUAGCAUACAGCCUUGCUGUGAAAUUUGAGCAAGAACAAAGCAGCGGUAGUUUCAAAAUCCUUUUAAAGGUUUUUAAGCGAAAAAUGCAGGUCACCUUAUAACUGUAGCAAACUCCUUGCAGCACUGUAGCCAGUACUUCAUUCUAUUGGGUGUUUCCAACCUUCUGGUAACCUGUUUCUUUUUCUCAGCAUGGUUAUCUUGCGGGAUAUAAAAAUUUUCUUCAAUUUUUCCAAUACUAGAAGUUUACCCUUGGCUGUACCUCUGUCUCUCUCAUGUGCUCAGUUAUUUAUUCAUUUUCAAAAGUGUUGCUUGCAGGUGCAUUUGUAUGUAUAAGCACAUUUUGUUUUAAACAGAAAAGAUCGUUCAUAAAGUAUGAUUUCCUUGU